AUGUCCGCUGUCCAGAAUAAUAAUGACGAUGGUUUAAAAUUAAGAGAAGAGAAACAUUAUAAUGAUUUCUACCCGACUUUGACAGAUGAUACUGAAAUAGAUGUGGUAAUAGAUCUCGAUAAUACUGCGCAAUUAAUAACUGAACCAAUUGUAGGAAAUGGGAUUGUGGAGCCACAUACAGUCCAACCGAUUAAGCAGUUGAUGUAUAAUGGACAAGUCACGAUAGAGGCACUCCGAAUGGACCAUAAUAUUGCAGAGUUUAAAAAAUGUCCCUUUGAGUUAUCAAAAUUGGAUAGUAUCAGGUUUACAGAAUCUGAACAAUCUCUGUCGUUACAAUCACAGGUCCCAGAGUCGGAUAGCGACAUUGGAAAAGCAUACAUAAAUGAAUUCGAAAGUGGUAUUGAAAAGCGCUAUACGCCCGAACAAUUAGGAAUUUUGAAUUCGUUGAAACUUAUCUCUCCUCAUUUAGAUAAAUUUAUUAUAGAGUAUGAUAUGGAUGAACAAGAUGAACUAUUCUUACAACAUCUACGCCAAUUAUUAUCAUUGGUAAUAAGUCAUGAAUUAUUUGAGCUCCUAAUCACAGUUUUGGAAAAGGAAUGGUUCACUUUACAGUCACAUAUACCGCGAGAUAAUAUAUAUAAUGCAGAUUUAACCACGAAAGCAAGAAUAAAUCACGAACUUUACGGAUCAGACGAUGGAACUACUUUGUCAUCUGAUCAACCGUGUGCAAUAUGUUACGGAACUAAUAGUGAUGUCACUAAUACUAUUGUAUUUUGCGAUGGUUGUAAUAUAGCUGUUCAUCAAGAAUGUUAUGGUAUCGUAUUCAUCCCCGUCGAUUCAUGGUUAUGUAGGAGAUGUCAAUUUGGGAACAAUGACCCCGAUAUAGGCUGUAUAGUAUGCCCAAGCAAAACAGGUGCCUUUAAAAUGACAGAUAAUGGUAUUUGGAUACAUAACAUAUGCGCUUUAUGGUUACCAGAGUUAUAUUUUGCCAAUUUACAUUAUAUGGAACCUAUAGAGGGGAUAGGGAAUAUUCCAAGCUCUAGAUGGAAGUUAUUUUGUUACAUUUGUAAGAAAAGAAUGGGAGCAUGUAUCCAAUGCACUCAUAAGAAUUGUUUCUUAGCAUAUCAUGUUACAUGUGCGAGACGAGCAGGUUUAUAUUUAAAAUGGGACAGGGAUGUCUCUGUGGGAUCGGUCGCAUCUAACCAAGUCCACCUUGGCAAUAAAUUACAUAGCUUUUGUGAUAAGCAUUCUCCAGUUGGAUGGCCAAGUUGUACACAAAAUUUGUUGAAAACAAGAAGAUUCUUCAAUAUUGAAAUAAACUCCACAUAUUCAACCAAUAUAGCGCUUCAGGAACCAUCAGAUUGGAGAACACCAGUAGGUACACCAAUUGCGCCACAGUAUUUUGCAACUAUAUUACAAAAAAUACUGAAACUAUAUAAAUUUACUCCUGCAAAAUCACAGACAUUAUCAUAUGAAGUGUGUAAGUAUUGGUCUAUGAAACGGGAGUGGAAGAGAGGACCACUGAUUCAUAAACCACAACUUGAAAAUGUGUCUUUCUUAACAUCAAACGACAUAGAAAAUAGGCUGGAUUUUACAAAAUUACUUUUAAAAGAUUUGAAAAAAUUAAAGAAGCUGACAGAACUUAUAACAAAGAGAGUCGAAGUUGAAAGUUCCUUACGCACACAUAAGAAAAUAAUUUUACAAUUGCUAAAUGAUCCGAGACGAUAUCUUCUAAAAACUUGUUUGAUAGAUAAAGUGGUCGGAAGAAAAGAGUUUAAAUUUUUAAUGAAGUCCACCAGGGAUGAACAUACUGAGAUACAACUCGAGAAAUUCCGAAGAGAUCAAUUUGAGAGCUUAGAGCAAAUAGAAGGAGAAAUAAUACCUAUAUUACAAAAUAUGAUAGACGCUCCAAUGACUCCAAUAAUGACACGAAGAAACAUAAUUAAACUCAAAGAUUAUAUGCUUGCAUCCAUUGCUGAAUUCAGAUUACUAGACCCUGAAAGAUAUUUAAUGGAGAAUUUUUCAAUAAAGGACAAGAAGACAUUAGAUAUCAAGCCAAGAUUAUGGAAAGGUCCGUUGUUAAUGGAUGAAGAAGAUUUAACUGAUGUAGAGGAAUUAGACGAAUCACAAUCGGAAUUAUUGCAAAAUAUAUUGACGGGGACCAAUACUGAAUUCAGUAACGGCAAAAAACCAGUAGAGCAUGAAGAAAUGGAAUCUGUUACUUCAUACCACCGUGCUCAACAGCAUGAAAAUCUUCCUAGGAAAGGUGCUGGUAGAGGUAGGCGUAGAGACAGGGGUAGAGGUAAAGGUAGGGGCAGAGGUAGAGGCAGACUUCCAGGAAGUGGAGCAAGAACAGUUAUAAAUGAUGGAGCUGGUCUUAAUAGUGAACGGGUACAACAAACUACACCGCCUGUAAAACAUAGAGGGUGGCCAAAGGGCAAGAAAAGAGGAAGACGUACAGUUAAACCAUGGAGCAAGAAAAAGAAUGAAACCUAG